CGCAGGGGCGGGUGACGGCGGCGCGGAGCGGGGCCGGGCGGGAAGGGACGUCGUGGCGGCGGCGGCGGCGGCAGGUUGAGCAGCAGCGGCGGUGCUGUCAGUCGGGCCGUCGGAGAAAUGGGAGAGCCGGGGGCGGAGAUAAUAGAAUCUGUCCCUCCAGCUGGGCCGGAGGCAUCCGAGUCGACAACGGAUGAAAACGAAGAUGACAUUCAGUUUGUUAGCGAAGGACCAUUGAGACCUGUUCUUGAAUAUAUUGAUCUGGUCAGCAGUGAUGAUGAAGAGCCCAGCACCUCUCAUAGUGAUAGAAUGCCUGAGUCUAAGGUGCCAUCCUCUGAGAAUCAUCGCCCAGAAAUGUGCUCUAGCUGCAAUGUUCCUCUUCCCAUUGGAGACAGCAGCUCCUUCUCUGGGAGUUGCACCAGCAGUCCACAAAGGAUAGUUUCUCAGUCUUCUCCUGUUGAGAACCCAUUGGAGAACGAGAAAAAUGAUCAAAAUAAUUCAUAUAUUAAGAUCUCUGAGACAGAGACACUUAAACCAUCACAAAAUUAUCAGACUCUGUCUUCAUCUCCACUUCUGGUCCCCCAAGAAUCUCUUGCCUCUUCAGAGGUCAAGGGGGAUUUACCUAUAGAGUUGUCUUCAGCUUCACAGCAUGGACAGGAUGCCAUCCUUUAUCUCCAGACACAAGUGGCUGAGAUGUCCCGAGUAAUACGUGAUCUGCAGUCCAGAAGCUGUUUUAGAUUUCAUCAUUCUAGGUCAAGUGAGAACUCCUCAGUUCCUUGGGACAUCUCCACCUCAAGAGAAGAAAAUUUAUCCACAGUUGAAGAAGAAGCUGACUGCAAAUCCCCCUCAACUGAUGACAAGGGGCAGCCAGCUGACCCCAGUCAGUCUAGUUUUACAGGUCUUUUGAAGAGAAUGGAGCAAAGAGGUGUUAUAAAGAGAGUAACGUUACAAUCUGAAGCAGAAUCGUGUGAAGGGAAAGCUGAUUAUGUGACCUCUAAGAAACGUUUGGUUCCUCCAUUGCAUCCUCUUCUGAGAAUUGCCACCACUGAGGUUUUUAAAGACCCUGCUGAUUGCCAUCCUUCUUCCUUCAUGGGACACAGGGUAUAUCCUGUGGCCAGGGAUACCUCUCCUUUCCAACCAAAUCCGCCAGCUGAGGGCCCCAUUGUAGAAGCAUUAGAGCACAGCAAAAGAGGAAGUACAACAUCUCCUCUAGAUUCUACCUCAAAAGAAAUGGAGGUCAUGGGUUGUAGAUUCUACCACGCUGCUUCCAUUGCAGCCCGAGCUGCUAGCUACAUGGCCUAUAUGACUCAAUAUCAGCGUAAACUCUGGGAAGACAUGGAGGAUCUGGUCCAUGACCCAGAGUUUGAUCGUGGAAAAGCAAGAUGUAUAAUAUCUGAUGGUAUGGAUGCGGGCCUUUGGCAGCUUUGCACUACUAGGGACAUCAUGGACUCUGUAGUCAGAGUUAUGGCCAUGGCAAUAGACUACAGAAGGCAAGCCUGGCUCCGACUUACAUCUCUCACUAAAAAAACCCAGGAGAAGAUCUCACACCUGCCCUUUGAUGGUACUUCUCUCUUUGGACAAGAUGUGAAUGCUAUUGUUGCAGAAGAAAACAGUGUAAAAGAAAAUGACUAUAAAGACCACAACAAAUACUAUAACCAACAUCGAUACUUUUAUACUCAUGAUCAGAAAGCACAUUAUCACAAUAGAGGAUACUCCAAAGGGGAUUGGUACAAACCCCGAAACCACCCCUAUAGAUAUAGAAAAAAGGGAGAAUCUCCAGAACGCCAUGGGUACAAGAAUUAAUAACCUGUCCAUGUUCAGCAGUAUAGCCAUCUAAGAUACUAUUUUACUUGCUCCUCCCCACUCAAACAGGAUCUACAGGUAGGAGGUCACCUCAAAAACUGAAUGCAAGUCUGGAAUUACCACAGCUGACAUUUGAAUUCUGGACUUUUGGAAUGAAGUAUAUAAUAAAGAGACUCAUGCGUUAUUGGGCAAAUGAACAGUAGAGACUGUAAUCUAAGUAGGGUUGGACAAAGAUUCACCCAUUAUUUCUGGUCCAAAAUACGUCCAGAGGAAGGUACUCAGGAAUCUGAAUCCUCUUGUGAGUAAAGAAAAAUAUAAAGAUUUUUUUCCUCAGGAAAAUAUUACUUGUAAACUGAGGACCAGGAGAUUUUGGAUCUGGAAAUAACCUGCUACUAAAUCUCUGUUUACUAAUGCCAGAGGCAAAUCCUUCGUUAUUAGGUCAUCAGUGCUUCCUUGUUCAGGCUUCAGCUUGUCAGAUCUUCACAAAAUGAUAAAUCUGUUAUCUCCUUGUGUCAGGAUAAUCAACUCACCAAGAGUACAUACCACUUUCAAGCUCUGUGAGACUUCAAAAUCAACCAUGAAGCUGUGUGUCAAGAACUGGAAUUCAAAUUAAAUUUUGCCAAAUCCAGUUUGCCUCCAGUGGGAUGUCUAGAUGUCACAGGUCUACUGUGGACGCCAGCUGGAAAAAGACUUUCCUACCUGUAAUAUCACUGUAGAAGUUUUCACAGUGACUAUCUUCAUCAAGACUGAUGGCUCCAUACCAUCACCACUUAAAGCUACAUUUGAGAGAAUUCUUUGUUGUCAUGACUCCCUAGUCUUUGACCUAUCAAGCUCUCAUGUAUCAAGAAGCUGUGAGACCCACUCAUGGUGUUCUCUCAGGAUAAUCUGGGCCUUUCACCAAGAUGAUGAUCUUAAACAAACCUACCUUCUAAACAGUUAGCUUUUUUGAGCUUGAUAAUUCAUCACACUCUAAAUACAAAAAAGAUAUGCACAUUAGUGCCCUGGAAAUAAAGGAUGUUAUUCACACUAUCCAGGCAUGCAAAUCUGAACUCUUAAAAGAGCAAGAAUUCCAAACAUGCCUGACAAUCUGGUCCUCUUAUUGUAAUAAAGAGGGUUGCCGUCAAUCUAGAUGUUAUUGAGUAAUCCUGAAGAUUUAGAGUAUAAUUGUGGAUAUAGUAAAGAGAACAUCUCACACAGUUCUGUUUCUAGAUAUCUGUUUAAAUGAUGAUAUCCGUUAAUGAUUUCUUGAAUGUCUGAAAUCAAGACUUCAGUGACAUGUUCUUGGUUUAUUGCUCUCUUAAUCCAGUCAGACUCUUAGCAAGAGAGAACUACUUAUCUUUUUGCUCCCAAUUGGUUCCAUUAAUAGUUCUCUACCAUUCUAGAACUGACAGCAGAUACCUCAAUAACAAUGCCCCACAGUAUCUUUUUAAUCUCAAGGCAGUGGCUGUAUGGUAUACCAGGCCUUAGAUACUUGCCUUUGCAGCAUGGCUUCAGAAAUGGAGAAAAUGUCAAGUUUGAGGGGUCUGAAUAUGUCACCUAGUAUUAUUUGCUUGGCAGCCAAAAAAAAUUUUUUUUAUCUACAGACUUAUAAUUUUGUAACUUCUUGGUUUGUCAGACAUCUGCAUUUUUCUAAUCUGCUUGAUCAAAGUAUUUUGGGUCUACUGUUAGUGGAAUAUAACACUUUUAGGGUUCAUGUGGUUUCUAGUUCUUGCCAUAGUUCUUACACAGUGGUAAUUGACAUUUUCCCUGGAGCUCCACUUUUUAAUAGUUUAUUGGAACCUCAUUCCCCCUCUGCAUCAUAACCGUAUUCAGCACCCUUUUUAUCUACUUUUCUUCCUCUCCCUGUUUGUGCUAUAGAGGUUGAAGAUGCAAAUAUCCCUACUUAGAAGUUACUUUAUUUUGUCAGGUAAUUUCAGGGUACUGUGUUGGUCCUGUUUGUAGAUUGAGCCUAAACUACAGUCUUGAUAGAGGACAUUAUCUUUCAAAUUUGGCCAAGUCAUAUCUAGAGUUAACGUUUACCUUUAUUUUUCUGUAUUUUCCAUAAAGUUUUAUUUCUGCUUUUUUAGGUCCAUCGCAGUGCUCUAGAAACUGUCUUUUCAAAUUGAACUCUAAAAGAACAUUGAUUAUCUGAAAGGAAACAAGGGCCUAAGAAAUCAUACAAAGAUUUUUAUAGUUCAUGAUGUGUAUGACACCAGUCAAGCAGUCUCGUGUCCUUGACAUGGCACUGUGUUUCUUCUGUGAGAGGACUGGCCACUGGGGAACUCAGUGGAGAGACCAUCUUGGAACCGUUCUGUAAGGUUCUGCACAAGGUGUUCCCAAAUAGCUAAGGCUACUUCAGACUGCUCCCACUUUUCCGUUUCUCCCCUUUCCUUCCCUGAAUUAGAUACUGGGUCACAACCUGAUAGUUUUUGAGGUACUCUUAUUUUCCAAAAACCAAACCAAAAUAAAUGUUGCGUGAAGAUAUGAUGCUCUGAAAUUGCUUUGGCACUUCCACUUAACGUGCUCCUUUUUAGUUUUUUAAUUUUUGAGUUGUUAAAAAAAGAUGUAACAUAAAUUUACCAUCUUAACACUUUUUAAGGGUACGGUUCAGUAGAGUUAACUGUAUUUAUAUUGUUUUGUAGCUCCUCCCUUAAGUAUUUGUAAAACAGCAUUACUGUUCUCUUCCUCUUGUGUUAUUCCUGUUGCUCAGUAAUAAAGACAGUAACAUUGCUUUACCACUCUCUAAUUGAUAUGCCCAGGCAUCUCUAGAGAAUUUUCCUUUAAGUAAAAAGGUAUUAAAUCAUUGAAUUGGUGAUCAAGUAGGUAAAUUCUGAAGGGAUUUGGCAGUUGAGUAGGGAUAGGGGCAGAAUGCCAUAGAGUGGGAACAGUUUUUAGCUGUAGAUUAGUCUCUUGACUGCAGAAGAAACAGUAUCCUUAACCUGUUUGUUUAUUCUUAUUUUGAAGUCUUUCUCUGGCAUACUUGAAUGAUGAUGGUGUUAUAAAACUGAAAAUGGGGACUUGGUCUAGGGAGACAACCUCUACCAUAUGGAUAGCAUGUGGGACUCAUAAUUAGUCAAAUAAUAAGUUUUUAUAUUGUGCCUGUCAUGUGCAGAGCCUGUGACAGAAUUCUCCAUUAGGCCAACCUCUAAUGUUUAAAUACCUAUAGGUUUUCUUGAAGGCCUUGGAAUAAUCGCAAGUUUAGGUAUUCUCAAAAGGGACGCGUCUAGUGAUCCUUUUUCUUCACAGUGUUAUUUCUUGACUAGACAAAAUGUAUGUGGAGACAACAUGAUUUCUUGUAGUUACUGUGUACAGAGAAAUACUGUUUUCAUUGUUAAAUGAAGUGCCUUUUAAAAUUUCAUAUAAUUGUUUAAAACUUAACAUUUUGAUGUCUUGAUGUGUUGCUGGUGAUAUUUAUGUGAAUUCUGUACAGUGAUUUUUAAUCUUGUAGUUUAUUCAUCUGUACAAUUGCACUAUCUAAAUGUACUCUCCUUCUGAAUGUUCAUUUGUUUUCUUUAUAGCACUGUUGAUCCAUUUCAGAAGGUUGUAGAGUAUGCCCCUCCCCUUUUAUUUAAAUAACUUCACAGUACUUUUUACCUGUUAGUGAUUGGCUCAGUUUUUUGGGCAUUAAGGCAGCUUUGUUUUCUAUCUCUAGGUUCUGGGUUUUCUGAUUGAGUCAUUUGUCUCAUAAUCUAACCUUGUUCUUGACUAUGGUAACACAGCUUAAAUUUGAUAGGUGGAUAUGUUUACUUGGUAAGAAGAAACAAGGAUAUUAGGAAAAAGCAGUAAAUUUGCUGACACUUUAUCUUUUUUUAAUUUUUUUGGACUGUGUGACAGCUUAACAGUGUAAUUGCAUUUAAAUUUUUUUUCUUAAUUUUUUUACUGUGUGGCAGCUUCUUUAUCAUUUAUUUCCAUUUAUUUACUUAGUCCUCGAAAUGAUAUUUUGAGGGGAGCAUAAACUCUUUCAGGCUACUUGGAUACAAUUUAGUAUGUUCCAUUAGUACUAUACUAAUAAUUUACUGAAUGAUACCUAAGUGACCUGGUUGAUAAUGUCCUUAAGGGCCCAAUACAUCCAGGAUAACCUCUCAGGUACUGUAAACAAGGAGGUUGGAAUAGACACAGUCCAGAAUCCCUUCUAGUGUAAAAUUGGAUACAGAGCUAAAUGACAUGGAUGAGCAAAGUUAAAUGCCACAUUCAGUAUUCUUGAGGAUAUAAUUAAUUGGGAUUCUGGUGAAGGUCAGAAAUUACGGAUUAGAUCUUUGUAGACAUAGUUUAAAGACUGCAAUAACUGGAAAACUUUUUUUUUUAAUGUGAGGCAUAGUUUUUUGCCCCAUACUUGCACUGUUCAGGUUCCCUUUUGAAAUUUUACUGUUCUUUACUUAAUAAUUUUCAUAUCUGUGUGCAUCUUAUGCAUGUCAUUCAGUUAGCCAGAUCCGUCCUAUGUAGUGUUUCAUUAGUGGGUACACAAACUUAUCAGUGAACUGAUGAUGAUCACUAUAUUGAAUGCAAAUCUUUUAGUUGUUUUUCUAGAUAAAUGAAUUUUGUAAGCCAUUGAAAUAUUUUAUGGAAUUCCCCUUCCUGGAUGAAUGAUGAGAAUAUUGUUUUAUUAAAUCUUUUUUCUCUUAUUAAUUAGUGGGAUGAUAUUUUUGUACUACUUUGUCUUUUCAUUUGCUUGAUUUUACAGUAAUCAAACCUUUUUUAUAGUAGUGUUUGGUACCAUUGAGAUAUCUUAUUACUGGAAAUUAUGUUUGCUUCCAGUGGGAUGUAUCUGGAAGUGGUCACAGUCCCACCGUGUCCUUUUGAUGUUAGCAUAUAAGUUAUUUCAUUCUUUGUAUUGAUCUUUUCUUCCCCUUUAUGUAACGCCUCUUUCUAGAAGGAUGUUUGAUCUUCCCUUAAUCUCUUUGAUGUAGAUUAUAUUUUUUAUUCUACCAGUAUAUACUAGCCAGGAUUUUGAUAUGGCUUUGUAUUUGUAUAUUUAAAUACAAGGCCUUCAGCGUUAUUGUAAGAGAUUUUCCAGUUUUCUCUUAUAAUGUUUUCUUUUUAAAAAAAGUAGCCAGUCCAGUCUCUGAAACUAUUCCCUGGCUAUUGAACUUUCAUCAAUUUUUAAUGUGUUCCUGUUAAAUGAUAGUAGUAUUUUGUCAUUUCUGCAUAUUCUUCACACGUGUGUUAUUACGUAUAGUUUAUGGUCAGUUGCAUCUUUUCUCUCACAAAAUUUUAACCCCAUCACCAUGCAUUUAUAGUACAGCUCUGACAUAUACUGUAUCUUAAAAGUUAACCAGUUUUCUCUUGUCUUAAGAGCUUUACUGGGUUUGUUCAGGUAACUAUAUUUCAAACGGUCUUUGGGAUUUUCUGAUGCCUUGUCAAGAAUUCAACAAGAGUUCUCAGGUUGUCUGUACUUUCUUUUAGGAUUUUGGAGAUCUCUCAAGUUGCAUUGAGUUUUCUAAUAUUCCUGAAUUAUAUUCCUUGGUAGGAGUAAAAGUCAAUGCUUUAUAUCUGGCAAUAUUUUAAAAAAAUUCUCCUUUGAUGCUUCAAGUGUUGUUACGAGUUCCAUUGGUAGUCCCUUUAUAAGGCUAAUGGUCAUAUGCUAUUUUUUUCCCAUGAGCUAUCAUAUGCUGUCUCUUUCUUUAUCCGUAAGAGUGGUUCUAUCACAGCAUUUAAUUUUAAAGGCUACAGUUAGACCUCUUGCUAACUCCUACUUUUGUCUGUGAUGGCUAUGUUUCACACUACCUUGAGUAUAAUGUAGUGAUGUGCUAAAAUAACUAUCAUUUUGGUGGUCCUUUCAUACCACUUUUGUUUAGUGAGGCAACAAUGAUGUGGAUGAUGGAAAAAAACAUUUUCCAACUCACUAAACACAGUUUCAAACUGUCAGUUCCAUUUUUUACAACAUUUAAUUACAUUAAGCUUCCUUUUGUUAGGUGUGUCACCUAUUCCCUUCUACCUGGGGUGGAAUAUAGUUCAUUUGUAAUUAGUCUCAGAUUUUUAGCACAGAGUUGCAUGUGUGUUGGUCUUUAUUUAAUGGCUUAUAGCAGUUCCUAUUUUCUUUGAGUUUUGGCAAAAACAUAUUUUGACAGGUCUUGGAAGCGCCUUGAUAGCCUUGAGCCUAAUUGUCAUUUUCCUGCCUGGGAAAGAAGUAGAAGAGAGAACUUUUUAUGGAGCUUGUGUUUUCUAGGCCCUGUGCUAGUUGCAGGAUGCUAUUGAAGCAGAAAUUCACCCUUAUUUUGCAGAUAAGGAAAUGAAAGUUAUCAUUAAACACCUUGCUCAAGUGGUGGAACUGAGCUUUGAAUAUAGACUCUAUUCUUAUUUUGCAGAUGAAGAAAUGAAACUUAUCGUUAAGCAACUUGCUCAAGUGGUGGAACUGAGCUUUGAAUAUAGACUAUUGUUCCAUAAUUUCAAUUCAGCAUUGUACUAGGCUGUCUCCAUGUGUUUUUCAAGGCCCUGCUCAAGUGUUACCUCUCUGGUAACCUAAUUUGAUAUAUACUAAUCUUUUUCUUUCCUGAACUUUGUGUUUAUGGCUGUAGUCUCAUCCCUUAAUACUUGAUGUCUUAUUCUAAUUCAUGGUUAUUUCACUUGUCAGAUCAGAAACCAUAACCUCUUGUUCUCCCAUUGAGGUAUUACUGUACUAAACUAGGAUUAUUCUUGAUGCAUAGUCAUUGGCUUCUAUUUCAUAUAUUGCUUAUUUGUAUUCCAUUCAUUUUGAGCACUGAUCAUUUUAGUCAUGGUUCUUAUUGCUUGUUUCUUCUUUGUUCUACCUUUUUUGUUUGUUAUAUCCAUUUUGUUUCAGAUAUACACUUACAUUUCUUCUUGCUGGCAUCUUGAGGAUAUUGGCUUGAUGAAAGGAGGGUGGGAUGAUGCAAAGCACAUGGUAUUUGAAUUCCAAAGACCUUGAUCUGAGUAUUAGCAAGUCACUUAUUCUCUGAGCCUCAGUUUUCCUACUUUGAAAUGAGGUAAUGCCCAGAAGUACUUUGAAAACUUGAAAGCCCAGUAUAGACUUCCUUUCUUUUGUAGUUGUGCUGUUUCUGUCCAUAUUCGUAGAUUUCUUAAAACUGGGGGAUGGUAUUGGAUGUAAAUACAGAUACACUUUAAGAUGUAUUUAAAAGCAUGUGAUAGUUCAUUUCAUGUCAUCAGAUGAUCUUCCCCUUUUUUUUUUUUUUUUAAGGCUGAGCCAUUUAGCUAUACUGUAAGCCCAAUAAUGGACUAAGUAAUUGAAAGACAUAUUUAAAAAUAGUCUGUUUUCUCAAGUACAAGCUAAGAAAUGCUCAUAAUAAACAGUAAAAAAAAGGGAAUGUAGAAUGAAGAGCUAGGAUGUGUAGGUAUGUGUAUACAAUUUUUAAUGGAUGGUAGUUUGUCAUUUUGUGUCUGUGUUGGAAAGGAUAAUCUUUUCAUUUGUCACACAUCUUUUUCAAUACCUGCUAUGUGCAGGCAGGCACUGAGCAAGGUCUGGGGAUACUGGGAGUUAAUAUGAGUUAGUAUAUUCUCUUAUGAAGAGAGAGAAAUACCAAUACGACGUAAUUGUCUUGUUUAGAGAAAUGGCUGUGAUUAGAUUGGGACAAAAGAGAAGGCCAUCUAGAGGGGUCAAGGAAGCUUUUCUUCCUUACCAGAUACUUGAGCUGAGAUUUGGAGCAUGAUUAGAGAAGAGUUCGUUGGACUAGUGGAGAAAGAGGAGCCAGGCAUUCAGGUGAAGGAAUCAGUGUGUGUAAAGGUGAGGGGAACGUUGUGUUUCUGAUUUCAGAAUUGUGAGGAACAGCCUUUAUGGGAACUGAAUUGGAGGAGAUUGAGCUGAGGACAAAGGAUAAAUUACCCAUGAAAAGGUAUUGGUUCUUACCUAUUCAAAGCGUACUAAGUUUGUAUAAGGUUGUAGAGGUAGUCUGUCUAGGGAUUGGUUUGUACCAUAGUCCACUAAUGGUACCAUAGUCCACUAAUGGUACCAUAGUCCACUGUUGGACAUCUGGAGCAAUUCUUUCUCUUCCCUGAACUGAGCCAAAGGAGGGCUGUCAGUUGGUUCACCUCUAGCCCCAGGAACAGCUCAGGCAAUGAAAAAGAACUGAGGCACUGGUAAAGAACAACUUUGAAGAUGAACAGGAUGAUGUCACUGAAGUGGAAUGUGACAUCCCAUUGUGGAUAUAUAGUUCCAUACUUUGAGACCAGCACUGGCAGUGUCCUCAGUAUAGCUAAGUAUCUAGAUGUGCCUGAUUUCCCUGUGUAUUGGCUUAAAGAUAAUUUGAGGGUGCACAUGGGAGAAAUGAAGUUAUUUCUAAAAAUGUUGCUUCGUUGGAGUUUGGAGUUGUAUUGAAGAAGGACCUGUGAACCUUGUGCCAGUGAUAGCUCCAGCAGUACCCAAAACACUUCUCAACUUUCUGUUUGUUUUUUCUCUGGUUUGAGUUUCUUCCCUUGCUGUUGCCUCUUUUGCCUUUUCUCUCUCCAUAAUUCAUCCUUUUUCUUUCUGUGCCACAGGUAGAGCACUGGCACUCAGGGUUAAAAAGUUGUAACUCCCCUUUGCUUUGUCGUAACUUCAAAUUCAGAGAUACUUAAAAAUUCUCUUAGGUUGCAUAAUAAUCAUUAUUAUUUUUGGUCCUGUACUGAAGCAGAAUCAAAGUUGUUCUUAGGAGGGGAUUUUUAUAAAUAUGGAUAUUGUCAAUUUUCCCGAGGACAAUACAGGAAGACUCUUAUUUAAUAGGUUUGGUGGUACUAGCCUUCUUAACUGAGUAAAGUACUUUACAGAAUGGCGUAUAUCUGUAUGUAUGUUUUUAAGUUUGUUCAGAUAAAGCAGAUGUUUUGUGUACUUUGUAUUUGUAAACAAUAACUAGUUGGGGGUGGGAAGGAGAUUGCUUUGUACAAAAGGGUUGUUUCCUGGUUCCAAAGCUUUGCUGCUGGAGAUGGUAAAUAAAUAUUGUACUGCUUUGCUGUGUUUAUCUCUUCUGCUCCAUCUGUAUUUGAAUAUAAAAUUCUUGAGAAAAAUU